CUCUCGUUUGCAAACGCAUUUAUUUAUAUUACGCGGAAAUAGAACGUGGCCACGAUUCUUAUAAAACAGAAUUUCUGCUCGACCAUAAUGGAAUUCAGAAACGAAGAUUCUCAUCGAAAUCCAUUUCGUUGGAAACGAAUAGAAUUAAAAUCUCGGGGUAAUGCGUCAGCUUUUGAAACAUGACAUUUAUUUCGUGAAUCCUAUUUUUACCAUCGUAACGUCGACUACGUUUGAAAUAUCUGGAGAAAAAAAUCGUGUUCGCGUAGCAGAAAAUAUCUUGACGUACGCUCCUGAAGCCAGACGACAUUUUCGGAGGCUAAACGGCUGGUCCGCCGUUUCUCUGCGCAAAAGCGAUCGUUUAUUGUGUCGCGAGAAAACUGCCCGUGCAGAUUUACGUCAGUUUUCCUUUAAAACCCUCCUCUGAAACGUGAUCAACCGACGGGAGCGAGAAAUCCCGUAACGAUGAGAUCGGAUCGAGUGAAAACGUUACAGUGCUAAGGACUGAUUGACCGUGCGAUUGAAUUUCGGACGAUCGAAAGCGAUGAAGUUUCGGGUGGACUACUUUCCAUUUUAUCGAACACAGUUAAUGUUGUAUUUAAAAUAAGUAUCGUCAGUGCCGUUCUCUGUUUACCAUCGGUUACGAACGUCUCGACGAAACGUUCCCGUCACGAGCUGUCGUGCCAUCGUCGGAGAGUGCACGGACAGAAGUAAUAUCAAGCGAUCGAUAAUUCGCCGACAAUUUUGGAAUACGCUCCGAUGAUCCGAUCAGCCGCUCCUGAUUGCCGUACGAUGCUUCUAACUGUCAGUGAAACGUAUCAGAAGUGAUACAUCGUACAUUUUCAAGGCCUGUGCACGGCGGAACGUCGGCGAGAGUCGAACUACGUACAUUUAACACACGCAUACGUCCUCUGUGUGUACAGGCAAUGCGAGAAACGUCGCCGUCGUCGUUUUGGGGAAAUACGUUUCGUUCUCGCGUCUUCUGUCCGUGUACCCGGUUGGAACAACGCUAUAAGUAGAUCGCAUUUAGUGGAAAGAAAAAUGUACGAGCAGCGUACACGAGAGAAAUGUGCAUUUUAAUAUCGACAACGGCCAUUUUGGAUUUAUGAGUGUCCGAAACUACGGCGGCUCUCAACCUCGUUUUGUAACACCAAAAUUGGACUUUUCCUCGCGCCUCUUUGAUCCGAGCUGACGCGAACGCGUGGAAAACUGUACGACUCGACAUGUCACUGGAACACAGUCACUAUCCUCUGUUUACGAAAUGAAGUUCUAACAGGUGCUACGAAAAUCAUUCCAUUCGUUUUGUAUUAUACAUUUUAAUACGUAUCUGCUGUUACGUAGUUCUCGCAUGAAUCGAAUAUAAGUUGAACGAUAAAUCAGAGGUUUGUUCCCGAAUUGGAACAUGUAUAUCGUUCGUAGUUUGUUGUUUGCGCGAGAGCAACGGAUAUUCGUAGGAACAUAUCAAUGAGAAAACGAGACAUACUCUUAGAUCUUUCUUCCAAUGAACGUACCGUACGAGUAUUGAAUAGAUAUUCGUCUUUCGUCGAUGCACGAGCAGCGCGCGAAACGCUUGACGUACCUUCUGUCUACCAACGGACAAUUAUGACUUGCCACCGAAUCUGACAAGUAGACCAGCGGUAACCUCACGACAAGACGUCGCCGGCUGUUGCGGGAGCGAAGAAUGGAUCGGAGCCUCGACGUACACGUGAAACGGAAUGUACGAGCUGAUUGAAGUAGAGGAACGGAUCGAGUUGCAAUGAACGGUCUUCGUUUUGAUCGACAGUAGCGAGACCGUUGGACGGUAGUGGACGGUGCCAUUUUUCUCAGCUUCGCAACGCGCCUGGCACGCGCGUAAAAUCGAGUAUAGUAAACGGCAGGAUCGUUUGAAUGGGUUUCAAUCGGGAUGAUGAAAAAUGGUUUCGUUUACACGGACGCAACUGUUGUGAUGAUUUCGUUGAGUGAACAAAGUUGAAUCGACGAGAUGAGAGGAUCUUGGAUCUUUGUUCCUGAUCUGAACGAGGAACCAGGCGCCUAGGUCUCGAGGAACGCCAAAGAAACAUGAUGAAACUAUGAGCACGGCGGACACGGCAGUGUCAACUUCGAUCAAAAUGGGCCCAGGGCCGGAACAUCGUCAAGAGCCAGUAGCACCUGACAAAACUGCUGAAAACAAUAACAGUGAGAUCUCUAACGAGAGAGAUAUCGAAGCUGCAGUGGUAGGUGUUGAAACUCUCGGUAGCCAGAAUGUAGAGUGUACCCCAACGACGAACACUGACGUCCCUUCAGAUCCGAUAAAUCAAGGUGUACCUACUUGCAUCACUUCUGACAGUAAGCAGGAAGAACCAGCUACUCUGUCUACGUUAAACGAGGGUGAACUACGUGCACUACUAGACGAAGCUAUAACUUAUAAGUGUCCCAAAGAUCGUGAAGGAAAAUCGAGUUUGUUUAAAGAACUGCUGCAGGAAGCUGAAGCCGAUGAAACGGAGGAAGGCCGUAGGAUAGUAACUAAUUCACGUUGUUUGCCUGGGUCGAAUCGUAGGAGGCAUAAAAGGGAUUCUGUAUCCGAGAGAUUAACACACGGUGGAUCGCUGCAAAAUCUGGCACAGCCUGUUACCUCAGAAUUCGACAGUAGCUUCGCGUACUUGGCGUCCGGAUCUAGCCACACGUACGGAGGGAACAGGAGAAAGAAUAAGAAGUACACGGGACCCAGCGUGUCUGCCAGGCAAAGGGAAGGUGGCUCGUUACCCUCGAACGUCAACGCGUCCCACAGCCUUGCCUCGCUGGUGAACCUAGAUUUAAUAUUUGAUAAGAAGAAGGGCUUUUGCGAGGAGAGGACAGCGUACGAUUGGACCAAUAAAGAGAAAUCUAGAUCGUUGGACAAACCAGCGUACGGUGGUACGAAGAAGGACGAGAAGGAGAAGGAUAAGAAGGAUACGAAGAAGGAUCCGUGCGAGACCGAGACCGAGACACGUGAGAAACGAGGCAGCAAGGGUAAACACGGGACAAAUGAAAUGCUCGAGUCAGAUAAUCCACCGCCGGAGUAUAAGUCAGAUUAUAUGGUGAUCGACUUGGGUGAUGCCGAGGUGGGUACUAUCAGCGAGAGGAAUGUGGGAUCCACUGUAAGUGGGGUUCAGAGACCUCACUCGUUGGACACAGAGGACGAUGAAGGAAUUGAAAUGAAAAUUAUCGAACCGCGUAGACCUCAAUAUAUAUCCCGCACCACUUUCGACAUAGCUCAAACUCCCGUGGACACUACCAUAGACUUCUCUCUCCGCGAGCACAGUGGGAAGCAAGAUAAAUCAAAAAUAUCUGUUAACGGUACAGAGGUGACCGGCGCCCUCUCCUUCCAAACGUUCAACAGCGUGAAAUGCGGUAUCGGCGGAACUGCGAACAGUUCCAGUGCUAGUCAGGGUAAAGUAGUUCCAAGCUUAUGCUCCAUGAUGUCUGCAUCUUUACAAACACAGAAUAUCACAAUGGAAGCCUCUAGGUACACGGCGCAUACUACAGGAUCUGGGGAGAAGAAGUCUUUGGACGAGAAUGGGAACCCGGUGCAGAAUUACAACGGGGAGCGUAAGAAGCCUAGGAGGAAGCAUGCCCAGGAGCCGAACGUCAUCGUUUACAACGCUGAGAACGUCGAGGGGCAUCGGAACAUCGAGGAUAUCGACAGUUUGAUUAAUUUUAUCGAGAAUAAGGAAUCGAAAAACAAGAAGGGGAAACCAGGUAAUCUAGUGAGGGUAAAAACUAGUUCUGGAGCGAAACCAAGAAGUAAAGAGAAGGACACGAAAAGGGAACAGUUACCUGCCAAGUUACAGAAAUCCAAUUCUCUCGAAGAGAUAUCUAAGACUAAGCUCGAAGAUCUCACGACGGAAAAAAGCGUCAGCUCCAGCGGUGCCAGUAGUAUUUCUAGCCAACACGGUACGAUCAAUGUCGCUUUGCGCCGUGCGAAACAAAGGAGCACGGGAGACGCAGCUAUCGAUAGCCGCGGCGACAGGCGGUCCUGGGGAACGGAAGAAGGUCAGUCCAUAUAUUGCAAUGAUACCGGAGAUGAUUAUGCUAGUCGCCGAAACUCCAAUAAAAAAAUCAAUCCAGAGCCGGAACACGAAACAGAAUUCUUGGUAGUUACCAAAAAGAAGAAAAGUAAAAAGCAAAGAAGGAGUUCGAGCGGUAGUAGGGCUCAGAAUUUAGCGACGUCCGGUUCUUACCUACAGAAUUCCAGGGGUUUCUCGAACGAGUAUAGAACGCCGCUUUCUCCCGAGCUACGAAGAAAAUCGGCAAGCAGUAUGCCGCCAAGCGAUAAAUCGGACAGCAGCGAUUCGGACUCCGUCCAUUCGUUGCCGGUCACGUCGAACACGUCCAAACACAAUUUAUCGAAAAUAGCUACCUCAUCGGGCGGAACCCCGCAGGCGAGUUACGCGGACAUAGCUCGCAUGGCGACCAUCAACAUGAGUCACAAUUCGGUGUUGAACAUGUCGGCGAUAGUUCCGAACAUGUUAAACACGUCCUCGUGGCCGAGCGUGCCGCCUAAAACGCCGUCGGAACCGGAUAAGAUCCCUCAAGAUUACUAUCCCAGUUUAGACGAGCUGCAACACUCCGACAAGAAAGCGAGGCAACACAACUUCACCCAUUCGAAUCAUAUUCUGAAUCUUACCUUCGAGAAGCCACCUUCGCCGACUCUGACGAAGAUGAAGAACUCGACGGAGAGGAAGAAGGCGGAGGCUCAAGAAGAAGCUAUCAACAAGAACAUCCAAGUCAUCAAAUACGUGCAAGACGUUGAGAAAAUGCGGCAAAAUCUGACGCAGCAGGAACAGAGGACCGUGAACCCCAAUAGUAACAGCGCGACGUCUAACGACGUUUCGUUAACGAAUCCAGUGCCAUCGAGGCUCGGCAACGCGAUCGUAAAUUGUAACUCCGAGUCCGACAACAACCCGAAUUGUAACAGCGUCGGAAACAAAGAGACGGUCGUCAACGCGAGAUGUAACAAUUCUCGAACGCGCCGGGGUGGGUACGUCCAGAGCAAUCAAUCGUCGCACGAAGAGCACUCGAAGAAAACCGGUUACCUUCAUCACGACGACAACAACCCGAAGAAGCCGCAGAACGAGAACUCGAACGCGCAUUGCGAGAACCAGAGUACCCAAGAGCCUGGUUCGGUCGACGAAGUCGAGUCUCAAAAGGCCCCGAGCCAUCCGAAGCCAUCGCAAGAAACUCAGAGCACUGAUUCGGACGCUAGCAAGUCGUCGAGGAGCGACAGACCAACGAAGACCAUGAAAGAGCAAACCAUCAAUGUGAAGCACGAGACGAUCAGAUCGGGAAACGCGUGUCCAGUGAAUUCGAAAGAGGACGACGCCGAAACGAAGAGAGUGAAACAGCAGACUACGGAGAAGGACCAGCAGUGCCAGAAGUCGGAGUCGCAAGCGCCCGUUAAACAACAAAAGAGUUCGAGGCCCGCGGUCAUAUUGAUGGACGAGACGUCGUCGGACGUUACCAAAAACAGUGAACUGCCGACGGAACUCAGGUUCGGUUUCGAGGUGAACGAACAGCUUCUGUUGUCGGAGGACUCGCCGGUGGAAGAUAAUUCAAGUGCCAGUUCAGUUGUGUUUCCUUCCGUGGUCCCGCCUCUUCUGAGCAAACCGCCGAAUUUCGAUAGAUACCCCCCGAUGUUCGAUAAACAUAUGAGAUGUGAUAAGUUUACGCCUAAUUUCAUGCAAUCGCCGAAUACGCAUGUGACGCAGCAGCCUAUGCAUCCGGUGAUAGUGCAACGAUUACCGUGCAUAGGCUAUCCGCCGAGAUUCCCUCCGCCCACGUGUCUACCGCCACCGCCCGCGCAUCAUCAUCAGCCAAAAGAGGACUUCUCCAUGCUAUAUGUGGCACCGGAAGAGGACGUUAACAUACAGACGUACAAUCACGAUAAGAUCGUCUCGUUCGUUGGUUUAGCGUGGGACGCUGUUAUGAGGGAAAUGCCGGUGACUGCGGGCGGCCGUAUACAGUUCUACAGUGGUCAGUGAAAUGGACACUAAAGUAUCACGAGGUAAAUAAUACAAUAACGUUUUUGUACUACGAAAUUACCUCCGUGUCAAGUUGUACGUUGCAAAAUUAUAAACAGCCAAAGGAGUCUGCUCACUGACGCAAGACCGAACGUGUAUGUAAAGAUGUACGAACAGAACGAUCGGACCCGUGUAAAAAAAAGAAAAAGAAACCUACGUUAACUAUCGGUCUCGGUCACGAAUAAAUAAUACGAAAUGAGACUACACUGAUUCUCGAGUCAAAUCGUCGGUGAUAAUUCUGUGAAGCCAAUUGGCGCAAACCGUGCCUCUAAAGCUAAUGUACAUAAAAUAGUCAAUCACCAGGAAAAGACAAAGACUUUACGGAUAGUGUACGUUCUGAAACCGUGUACAUACAUACGUUACGAGAUACCUUUGAAGAGGUCGUCGUAACACAAGAUUGAAGUUUCAGUAUUGUCAUCCGGUACAAUAUUCGACUGAAAAUCAUUAAAUUAGAAACGCGUUAACAUAUUCCGGGGAACGAACACGAAAUUUCCUUGUAAAAAAAAAUAUAUAUAUAUAUAAAAGAAAGAAUUCACAUAGUCCUAAAAAAUGCCUCGUAUAAGUUUCGAAAACGAAUAAUGAAAAGGAAGCAAGAGGGAUGGGGAUAAAAGAUACGUAAUUCGGAUGAAUCGCGUACGAGUGUUACGAGUCGGGAUUAAAAAAGAAACGUUCGAAAAGGUUUCGAAAUUAACUGAAACGAAGAUCACUACAGAGCAGAUCGUCGAAGAGCUGCGUGUGCCGUGACAACAGUGGGUUACGCUGAUGAUGCCUUUAAAAAGUAACAAAUACGUCUUAGACCAUUGUAAUAAAGUUUACAAAUAGUUGAGAGAAGCCCGUUAUGUUAACUAAUGCCAAAAUUGAGAUCGUCCGCCGGGAAUACCGCUGAGCUGCUGAGGAGGAGAGGUAUCUUAAAUAGUCGCGAGCCGAGGGAUGAUCUUAACGGACGAGAGCAACGCUUCGAGGAAACACAGGGAUCGUUGCCAGCGGUCAGUGAUGAUUCUUCGAGGAGAGAACUUUAGGAAGGUAAAUGAUAAACAAAAUAAAAAUAAUAGUGAUUGCUAGAUUACAUGUACUUUAUUUAAGACGAACGUAAAAUGAAAAGUAAGGAGAGCUAUACGGAUGUGUGAAGUGUUAACACGAGAAAAAAGAAAAAUAUGGUGAAUGUAAUUGUGUCACUGAAACACGUGUAAAAUAUUUAAAGAUGAAAAAAAAAGAUAGUGUGAUCGACAGGUAACUAUACGAAGUAGUCACUUCUUCCAAGCGACGGUUUAGUAGUUUAAGAAAAUUCGAUGGGGGUAAGAGGAGAAAGAAUCACGAGAACUGAUUUUUUGCAAAUGUUUCGCUCAAUGUCUUACAAACUGGAUAGCAGACAGUGAGUAAAGUGCGAACGCGUCGGAAGAAAAACGCUAAAUUUUUACACAGACUCGCUUAUCUAACGAAGAAUUAAUUAUCAAUUAUUGGUAAUGAUAAUUGUAACGAAGAGAACCGAAAAUACUUGCUUGUGAUCAUGAGAGGUACGAUGGUGUGAAUGCGCGUAGCUUACGUAGACACACUCUGCUAGCCGAUGUCCAGUUUAGUUUCCCGAACGUGUUUCUGUUUUUCAAUUUUCACGGAAUUCAUUCAUGGAAUUGUUGUGUUACCCUCGAGAUUCGGCGAGCAAACAAAAUAACAGAGAUCCGUUUUGCGGUCGUCGUGAUCGAUCUCUACAGUGAGGAAAAGAAACUUAUACGAGUAGUGAAUCAAAAAGUAAAGAAACGAACAAGUGAAUUAAACAUGAUUCCUUUCCCGAAGAUUUGUUAUAUAGGAAGCCUACCUCCUACAUAUUUUAUUUUUCGAUAGCUGAACGAAAUAUCGAGACAGAGAUGGAAUUACACUGUGCUUUUCGAUUCGCAAUAUCACACGCGUUAAGCCGAUAAAAAAAAAUGAUAUAUACAUACAUAUAAACGAGUGUGUAAAGUCUGCGGGAACUUAUCGCUUCCGAAGCUAACGAUAAGAGUAACCGAUCGUCGCUGAUAAGUUUCGCACGAGAGAAUGAAAGUGUAUUUGUCUACUUAGAUCAUGAUUAUCUAAUAUUAUUAUUAUUAUUAUUAUUACUAUUAUUACACUAUUAAUAUUAUCAUUAUUAAUGAGAAGUUGAUCGUUAUUAACAAAUCGAGAUUGGCGGUUUUUGUUGUUGCUUCUCUUUUUUUUUUCGUCUUCGAAAUUAGGUAUGAAAACAGAAGAUACAAAGUCUGUUAAAUGUUUCUUUUCUUCUCUUCUUUUUUUUUUAAUUCAUUUUCGUUCAGCGAUAUAACGGUACAGCUGGGAGUACAGCUUUUAGAUCAGUAAUAAAUUAAGAUAUAUAACACUUAUAAAAGAAUCAUUGGUGCAUGCCGACGCAUACCUUGAAGCGAGUAUCAUUCCGCGUCGUAUGAGAUAAUUUUUCAAGCAACCUGACGCUGUACACACGAUCGUCGGUUUCAUUUCUUAUUGUCACGUAUAUAUCGAAGCUCUUUCCUUUUUAUCACCACCGAUACACUGACAGCGAGAAGUAUUAAAGCCUUUUACAUUUAAUUUUAUAUUAUUUUAUACAUGUUUUUAAAAUACCUUAGACGUCGCAUUUUCUUUUCCUCUCAGUCAGUGCAAGUAAAUUCACUGUUACACGCUAGCCGGGUGAUCGUUUCUGAAGAUCCAGAGAUAAGAGACAUCGUAUGACUAAUUCAUUUGUUUUAAUCACGAGACUCGAUCGUAUCUUUACACCGCGAUAAUUUUUUUUAUCAACGGAAUGAUGUUCCUUCAAGGUAUUCCGAUCUUAUGCAUGCGAGAAACUAUUCAAAAAACAUGUCAGGUGCUCCUUCGCCUUAAAGUUAGCAGAGUCCUCAGCCAGCCUCUGCCUCGUGACCGGUUCACGUGGCAACGACUGCCGAGGUUCUCUCUCAGAGAUUAGCAUAGAAGUACUUGAAGAAGGAAAUAGGACCAUAAAAUUGUAUAGUAGCGAGCGGCAGCUAUGCUGUGACACACCGUACGUUGCGUUCGGAGUACGUGGUUCAAUUAAAUAAUUCUCUUGAUAAACAAACGACUAAAAAAGGAGGGUGAACGGAUGUGUGCGGUUGAUCGUAAAGAUCGACGCUGGUUCGACGCGAACGAGGAUCUUGAAUAUUUCACACGUGUCAAUUUGUUAGUCUCGUUUUGCCUGAUAAAUGAAACAGUUGGUUAAUUCUCUCGUCGAGUAUUCGAAGCUCUUGUUUUUUUCACAUUUCUGACUGGCUGUACAGAUAUCAGCGUGCAAACCGACCAUGUAUUUUAUAUAUAUCUUUCGUUCAAUUGUUAUACGCGAGAACCAAAAGUCAAACAGUAAUUUUCAUCAGUUUCUUUUCUUUUAUUUCCGUUCGAUCGAGCGUUUGUUAAACACAAGUGAAGUACAGAGAGCACGUCUAUUUCGUUGAUUAACAGGCUAAUUGCAUUUAUUGUUGUAAUUAUUCUAGAAAACAUAAUACGUUUCUCUCGUAAAAGGGCACAAAAUCCUAAUCGAACGUACACUGAAAAUGGGAUAGCUCCGGGGGAGAACAAGCGCGUCGCUCGUCCACACCUUGUUCUCAUCGUCAGCCUAUAUUAUCAUUAUUAUUAUUAUUAUUAAUUAUUAUUAUAUCGAUUUGGUUGACCUGUUGAAACGUUGUAAAGAUGUAAAUUAAUUUAAUGAAAACGAAGGAAGGGCCGAGAGGGAAGAGAAGAUAGUUGAUGUUAUCGCGCGUCUUAAAUUGUUACGCUCGUCGACCGCAUGUAUUACCGAUUAUUAUCAUUAUUAUCUAUUAUUAUUCCUCGUGUGCGAACGAUUGUUACGUUCCAAGUUCGAUUGCUUCUUCGCGAGUUUCGCCGGUACCGUCUGCCCAAACGUACGUAUUUUGCCAGCAACAUUUUUGCACACAUCGAAAAGAAUAAUCGCGCGUAUCCGCGAGGUACGCGAAUCCGUCUAACCUGAUGGUAUAAUAAUCGCGACGAAUAAUUUGAACAAUUCUGGAAACAAACGUUGAAGCAAUCCGAUAUUAUUUCCGAGUAGUUCUCUAAACAGUUUUCAGAAGCGUUCAGAAGUGUUCGUUGAUCAUUGCGCGAGACGAGGCGCUAAUUUAUCGGGCGCGGGCAUGUUGAUGGUGUUCAAAUAAAAAUGACAAACGAGGGUUUAAGAAUAAUUGUGGGAGAGAGAGAGAGAGAGAAAGAAAGAUAGCGAGAGCGAAAGAGAAAGAGAGAAAUGGUAUCCGACGAUCUCAGUGUUAGCCUUGUGUCAUUGUACAAUUUGUUACUCUGUGUAAAACAGUUUUUCCGUGUUGUAUAUACGUAUAUUAAUAACUAUUAUUAAUUAUUAUUAACGAUUACGAUGGAACUUCGAUUAACUAUUAAUUGUACUUGCUAAUUAUCGAUAACGAUUAAAGUAAGAGGAAGCAGAAGCUGUUGCGAGUGCUUAUGCGUAUAAAGAAUAAAAGGAAAAAAAACGUGAAAAAAAAAACACAAAAAAGAAAAAAGGGAAUAUUUUACGUGUAUGGUAAAAGGCUGUGCUGCCCAGCUGAAGCAAAACGAAACGAAAGAGAAAAAAAAAAUUAAUGAACACUGAAGAAAAGAUGUUAUUGCCAACGUUUAAUAUGUUGCCAAAGUUUCACCCGUUCGCGCGGGUACGAAGAACGCAGUAUAAAGUAAUAUUCGAGUUCCUUUUCAUGAUUUUUAUUUGAAACGUCUCUCCCUUCUCGAGCAGCGAGAUCGGCUAAGAACGAAUUAUUUACGAGAAAGUAUUCUUUAAGUAAACUGAAAGAAUUUUCGAAUAGCGUCACGUCAUGGAAACGAUAAGUUUAUUUAUAUAACGUAUGUAUAGUUUUCCUUUUUUAAUUAACAUUGUAUUGUAUCAUCUGCCGUUUCGUUAGCGAGUAUAACCGUAGUAGAGCGUAAGCAUUGUGAUAUAACAGAGUUCUUUUUUUUUUUCUUCUCUAUCAGCUAAAAGGCCAAAACGUUUAUCGAAAAGUUAACGAAUUAAAGAAAGAAGCGCCUUCGAAUAUUACUUGGAUACUGUCCUCGCCGGUGAUACGUAUUCAGACGAUAAAUCGUUGAGUAGCGUCGACGAAAGUGAAACCUGAGAGAGAGAGAGGAAACGAGGAGAGGAACGAGAGAGUAUGUAAUUGCGAGCGAUCAGACCGUGUGCGAGUCUCUACGCCGACUAGAGCCGCGAGAAACGCGCGACGAAGUCAGAAGAAACCCCGAUUUAUUCUCAGGAUGCGUAAACACAACGGCCGUUGCUUACUAUUUUGUUACUAUUAAUACUGAGACACCUCAGACUCACGCGAAGCUCUCACGGACCAUGGAUGUAAAAAAAAAAAAAAAAACGUGUAAUUGCCAUGGUGUGUGGAAGAAGAAAAUAUGCGGUGAAAGUGAGAAAAGAGAGAGAGACUGAGGGAGUGUAAUUAUAAAUGUAUGCGUGCGAGAGAAAAUGAUAUCGAGGAAGAAUGCGAGGAUGCGUAUCAACGAUGCUUCUUGUCUACCUAGAGAAAGAGUGAUAAAGGAAAAAAGAAAACCAAUAUUGUCCUCCUGAAAAAUGAUUCAUUAUCAACGCCGAGAGGGAAAAAGGAAAUAUGAAACGAAGCGCGUAUAGUGUCGCCAUUUGGCCUUUAUGCUGUUCUAUCUGCGAUUUCAUACAAGCUUUGCGUACGAUACUGUGAUAUAAUAAGUCGCUCUAUUUCUUUGUGGUUUUCCUUUCUUUUCUUUUCUUCUUCUUCAGUUGUGGAUACACACACGAGAGAGAGAGAGAGAGAGAGAGAUGCAUACACUCACACACACAUAACACGAAAAGAAAGAAAAUUUCCUUCGAUAUAUUAUAUAUGUUACGUGAGAAGAAAAAAAGCAACGACGCGAAAUGUGAGAAAUAAUUAAGAACCGUCUUCUGCGUUUAAUUUGUAAAUGAUUAAAGCGCUAGUAACGCGGUGCGUUCGCUCACAUUGGCAGAGGCUAAAUGUAUCAAAUAAAGAGAAAAAGAAACAAAAAAAAAACACAUGUAGGCUUCGACAGGCGCGUGAAGAGUAUAAAAAAGAUUUAACAAGUCAUCGAAACGAGAGUCUUUCUGGACGUGUCCAGUGUUCAUUGCAUGUCACUUCUGCUUUUCUCUGUUCUUUUCUAACGAAACUUCGUUUAACGUUCCCCUGUCGAGCAUCAGUUCUGUUUACGAUUAUUACUGGAUAUCAUUUGCUUGCGAUAAACGCACAGUCAUCGGAGGAGACUCAUUGGUCCAAAUAAAAAUAUCAAUGAUUUUCGAACGGAGUAACGUUUGAAAAUUGGACGACUAGCUUCAGGAACUUAGAAUUCUUAUUCUUUUUCCAAACAUUUUGAUAUGUGUAUUUAUGUAGUACCCCUGGCAUUCCUUUACCACGUCGUUCUAAUGUAUGUUCAGUAAAAGAGUACACAGAA